AUGCCCGAGCAGCUCAGCGUCGCCGAGUUCCUGGCCGUCACGGCAGAGGACCUCAGCUCCCCGGCGGGUGCUGCCGCCUUCGCUGCCAAGAUGCCCCGGUGCCGGGGUGCAGCCCUGGCGCGGGAGGAGGUGCUGGAAGGAGACCAGGCCAUCUUGCAGAGAAUCAAGAAGGCCAUGCGUGCGAUCCACAGCUCCGGCCUUGGCCACGUGGAGAACGAGGAGCAGUACCGAGAGGCCGUGGAGUCCUUGGGCAACAGCCACCUGUCCCAGAACAGUCAUGAGCUGUCCACCGGCUUUCUGAACUUGGCCGUGUUCACCCGCGAGGUGGCCGCGCUCUUCAAGAAUCUGGUUCAGAACCUGAACAACAUUGUGUCUUUCCCCCUGGACACUCUGUUGAAGGGGCAGCUGAGAGAUGGACGACAGGAUUCCAAAAAGCAGCUGGAGAAGGCAUGGAAGGACUACGAAGCCAAAAUGGCCAGGCUGGAGAAGGAGAGGGACCGGGCCAGGGUGAUAGGAGGGAGCAGCGGGGAGGUGGCCCAGGACACGCAGAGAGAGCGACGCGUCUUCCAGUUGCACAUGUGUGAGUAUCUGCUGAAAGCCGGGGAGAGCCAGAUGAAGCAAGGUCCUGAUUUCCUGCAGAGCCUCAUCAAGUUCUUCCACGCUCAGCACAACUUUUUCCAAGAUGGCUUGAAGGCAGCUCAGAGCCUGUCCCCCUUCAUCGAGAAGCUGGCAGCCUCGGUACACACACUGCGUCAAGCCCAGGAGGAGGAGCUACAGAAGCUGACCCAGCUCCGCGACUCCCUCCGAGGGACGCUGCAGCUCGAGAGCAGAGAGGAGAGUCUGAGCCGGAAGAACUCAGGAGGUGGUUACAGCAUCCACCAGCACCAAGGCAACAAGCAGUUUGGGACAGAGAAGGUCGGCUUUUUGUACAAGAAAAGUGACGGAAUUCGAAGAGUCUGGCAGAAAAGGAAAUGUGGAGUCAAGUAUGGCUGCCUGACCAUCUCACACAGCACGAUAAACCGACCCCCAGUGAAGCUGACCCUGCUGACAUGCCAAGUAAGGCCAAAUCCCGAGGAGAAAAAGUGCUUUGACCUGGUGACCCACAACAGGACGUACCACUUCCAGGCGGAGGACGAACAUGAGUGUGAGGCGUGGGUGUCAGUGCUGCAGAACUGCAAGGACGAAGCCUUGAGCAGUGCCUUCCUCGGAGAGCCCGGCAGUGGCCCGGGGCCCUGGGGUGCCGCCGGGCCGGACGGGGAGCCCCAGGACCUGACCAAACUGCUCAUCGCCGAGGUCGAGAGCAGGCCGGGGAAUGGCCAGUGCUGCGACUGCGGGGCUGCAGACCCCACCUGGCUCAGCACCAACCUGGGCGUGCUCACCUGCAUCCAGUGCUCGGGCGUCCACCGCGAGCUGGGCGUGCGCUUCUCACGCAUGCAGUCCCUUACCUUGGACCUGCUGGGGCCCUCGGAGUUGUUGCUGGCCCUGAACAUCGGAAACACUCGCUUCAAUGAGGUCAUGGAGGCCCAGCUGCCCUCGCACGGCGGCCCUAAACCCUCAGCUGAGAGUGACAUGAGCGCCCGCAGGGACUAUAUUGUGGCCAAGUAUGUGGAACACAGGUUUGCCCGGAGGUCCACGCCCGAGCCUCAGAGACUCUGGACAGCCAUUUGCAAUCGGGAUCUCCUCUCUGUGCUGGAGGCCUUCGCUAAUGGGCAGGACUUCGGACAGCCACUGACAGGGCCCGAGGGGCAGGCACCUGGAGAGCUCGCCCUGCACCUGGCUGUCAGAGUCGCCAACCAGGCCUCCCUGCCCCUGGUGGAUUUCAUCAUCCAAAAUGGUGGUCACCUGGAUGCCAAGGCUGCUGAUGGCAACAGCGCCCUCCACUGUGCUGCUCUCUACAACCAGCUCGACUGCCUCAAGCUGCUGCUGAAAGGGAGAGCCUCGGUGGCCACAGUGAACGAGGCAGGAGAGACGGCUCUGGACAUAGCCAGGAAGAAGCAGCACAAGGAGUGUGAGAACCUGCUGGAGCAGGCUCAGGCCGGGACCCUCACCUUCCCCUUGCACUUGGACUACCCCUGGGGAGUUUCCACAGAACCUGGCUCUGACAGUGAGGAGGAUGAGGAAGAGAAGGUGCGUCCUAGCCUCUCGGGUCCCCAGACAGCCCAAGGGAAGAGUCAGAUGGGCCCUCCUGCCCGCUGGACCAGUGGGAGGCUGGACAUCAGCAACAAGACCUAUGAGACCAUCACCAGCCUGGGACCAGCUGCCCCUAAGAGCCAGAGUGAGGAUUGCCCCCCACCUUUGCCAGUCAAAAACCCUUCUCGGACCAUGGCCCAAGGGCGUGUGGGACUCGCCAGUGGAGAUCGUUCUGAAAUCCCCAGCCUGAGCUCAGAGUCCCCUGGGGCCUCUGAGAACCUGAGCAGCCCAGCCUCCUCCUCCUCCAGCCUCACAAGCUCCGUGGAACCUGGGGUUCCCAACGAAACCCUACCCAGCUCUGAAGAGGGCCCCUGCGAGCUCCCAGGGCCCUCCCGCCCCAGCCUGACAUCUGGAACCUCCCCUGCAGAGAUGUAUCCCCCUGUCAGGUUCAGCUCUGAGAGCACGCGCUCCUAUCGGCGGGGGGGCGGAGCCUGGAAGAGUGUCCCUCAGCCCAGCAGCCUGAGAUGUGGUUUCGAUCCCUGGGUGGGGAAGAUUCCCUGGAGGAAGAAAUGGCAACCACUCCAGUAUUCUUGCCUGGAAAAUUCCAUAGACAGAGGAGGCUGGUGGGCUUACAGUCCAUGGGGUUGCAGAGAGUUGGACACAACUGAGUGGCUGAGCAGGCAUGCAUGCCCAACAGGGUGCCUGGGAGGCAGAGUUGGUCAAGAGUCGGCUUCCCUGAAGGAGACGGCUCGAGGACUGGGGUUCUCCCGCCCAGUUCUGUGCAGCUUUUGCAGGACUAG